CAAAAAAAAGUAGUAGUUUAGUGAUGGAACAAGAGACAAUGGGAGACCAAAACACCAUGGUGAAUGAUGGUGGCAAUAAUAAUGGACUAGUAUGUAUUAAAGAAGAACCAGUGUUAUUUGUUGAUGAAGAUGACAUUAUUUCAGUGCCAAAACCAUUAGAGGGGUUACGUGAUGUGGGUCCACCACCAUUCUUGAAGAAGACAUUUGAAAUGGUGGAUGAUCCUAAUACUGACUCUAUAAUCUCAUGGAGUAAUACUGAAGCUAGUUUUGUUGUUUGGGAUCCUCAUCAGUUCUCUAUUCAUCUCCUACCUAAACACUUUAAGCAUAAUAACUUUUCUAGCUUCAUCCGCCAGCUUAAUACCUAUCGUUUCAGGAAAAUUGAUUCAGACAGAUGGGAAUUUGCAAAUGAGGGGUUUCAGAAAGGGAAGAAACAUUUGCUGAUAAAUAUCAAGAGGAGAAAGCAGUAUCCUCAGCAAGGUGUAUCGACAGCAAAAUCUUGGCUAACUUCUUGCAAGGAUAAUGAAACUGAGACAGAAUUAGAAAAGCUGAAAAAGGAUCAAAACACAUUGCAGAUGGAAAUCACAAGACUAAAACAACAACAAGAGAACACAGACAACUAUUUAGCUACUGUGAAAGAGAGGUUAAUGAAUACUGAGACUAGGCAAAAAUAUAUGGUUAUCUUUAUGGCAAAAGCAUUCAAGAAUCCUCUCUUUGUUCAACACCUUAUGGAGAAGAUUAAACAGAGAAGGACUUUAGAGAAUGGCGGUAGCGUCGCGAAAAAGAGGAGGUUGGCUUGUGGAACCAUAGAGGAUGGUGAUGAAAAUAGUCUUCAAGAGGAAUUCACAACAAUUAAGUCUGAAAUGCACACUCUGUUUUCAUCCGAAGAUUCAAACAGUCCAGGACUUGAGGAACAAAAAACUAAGGGGAAUGGUAGCCCAGCUAUGGUAUCUGAGAACUAUAUAUUGUGGGAAAAGCUGAUGGAAGAUGAUAUGAUAUAUGAGAAUAAUGGAGGAGAAACAGAUAAAUAUCAAAGUGAGAUUGUUCUUGAACUUGAGGAUUUGAUCGCGAAGCCGCCAGAGUGGAAGUGUAUGUGCUAGGGAGUUCGUCGAGCAAAAUAAGGGAAUUGAAGCAGCUUUGUUCAAGAGCCGAAAUCAAGAAACGGGGAUGGUGUUUUCGGUUAUCUGUGUUUAUUGUGGUGGUCUUUAUGAUCAGUUAGAUACUAACAAUGUAUAAAGUUCUUCUACAGAAGGAACAUACUAUAUUACAUGAGUUCGUCUUUGUUGUUCUUAGCUAGGUUGUAGUUUGGUAGGUGCACAGGAGAAUGUAGAACCCAUAGGUUCUUAUAUUACUGCUCUUUUCUUAUGCUUUAGUGUUAAUACAGUUACUCAGCUUUGAUGUUUCAAAUGGUUGCUUAAUCCGGA